AUGCCUGCCAACGACAAAUCCAACGAAAAGGGACCAGCUGCUAAUCCCAUGAGGGAAUUGAGUAUUGAAAAAUUGGUUUUAAACAUCUGUGUAGGAGAAUCGGGAGAUCGUUUAACAAGAGCAGCAAAAGUACUUGAACAGUUAACAGGGCAAACGCCAGUAUAUUCAAAAGCGCGUUAUACCGUUCGUUCUUUUGGUAUUAGACGUAAUGAAAAAAUUGCAGUACAUGUUACAGUACGUGGUCCAAAAGCCGAAGAAAUUUUAGAACGUGGUUUAAAAGUUAAAGAAUAUGAAUUAAAAAGAAGUAAUUUUUCCGAAACUGGAAAUUUUGGUUUUGGUAUUCAAGAACAUAUUGAUUUGGGUAUAAAAUAUGAUCCUUCCAUUGGUAUUUACGGUAUGGAUUUUUAUGUGGUAUUGGGUAGACCUGGUAAUAGAGUUUCUCGAAGAAGAAGAGCCCAAAAGAAAGUUGGUUUCAAUCAUCGUGUUACUAAAGAUGAAACUGUCAAGUGGUUCAAGCAAAGAUUCGACGGUAUCGUUCUCAACCGUUAA